CCCGGUCAUUGGUUGCUUUAUUCUAACUAAAAGAGGAUGAGAUCAUCUGCAGCCAAUCAUGGAGUCGUUGCACCCCCGCUAGAGGCUUACACCUGCCUGGAGAGUCAAGGCGGAGAUGCUCUGCUGGGAUUCAGGGUCAGGCUGGUUGGAGGGGAAGCAGUAGCAGAGAUGACUUCAGCCUGCACGAGCAAAGCUAAGCUCAUGAUUUGAACAGAAGCAUCCAUAUUGUGUGUCUUCUUUCUAGCUGUGGAAUGAAAGACUGUCUACCAUUAAAAGCAUCUGAGGAAUCACCCACAAGGCUGCAAUGGAGGGUAGGAACACUCUGCAUGUGGUGGAACCAUGAGUCAAGUGUCCCUGAAACCCACCUCAGGCCUGGAAACCGAGUCCUGCUCUCGAGCACUGUCCCAGGCACAAGUAUAUCUGGAGCAGAUUCGGAACCGCAUGUCUCCUGAGAGCCCUGAUGUUCACGGGACAGGCAAGCGGGAUUACCUGGUGGACGCGGCCAAACAGAUCCGCCUGGCGCUCGAGCGGGACGUGAGCGAGGACUAUGAGGCAGCUUUCAACCACUAUAAAAAUGGGGUCGACGUGCUACUCAAUGGAGUGCAAGUUGAUCCCAACAAAGAGCGGCGGGAGGCGGUGAAGAGGAAGAUCACCAAGUACCUGAGGCGGGCAGAAGAGAUCUUUAACUGCCACCUGCAGAGGACGCUGGGGAACGGGACCAGCCCUGGCACGGUUCAGCUGGUCCAGGACCCUGCCACUGGGGGGACCUUUGUAGUGAAGAGUCUUCCCAAAUGCCACGUAGAGACCUGGAACCGUCCAACCAUCAUCCCCAAUGGCGUCCCCUACAUGGCCAAGCUUCUUCGCUACUCUGUGAGUGAGGACUCCAUCUUCUUGCACUUGGAGCACGUGCAGGGAGGAACUCUCUGGUCUCAUCUCCUCUCUCAGCCUAGACCCCAGGGAAUGGAAGCAUCCAGCAACUUAACCCAGCAGAAGCCCAGCUCUACCCAGGGUGAUCGCCGAGCGAAGGGGAAAGCUGGCCCUGGUCCCCCUGAUACUGGUCUCCUGACUCCGGUUCCACUUCCCCAGAAUCACACCCAACAGCUCAGCGUCGCAGCUGAGGCAGCACCCCAGCCCUCUGACAUUUCAUCAGGGGCUCAAGGCAGAGUUCCUGACCAUCAGAAAGGGUUAAAGGAUUUGAAGGAUCCUGACCUGAACCCUGGAAGCAAGGUAUCCAGUCCAUCCAGGGAAAUCCAGGUGUUCAGGUCCCAUGGAAUAUCAUCCUGUGAAGAUGCUUUUGGAAGACACAAAAUCAGGACAGAUGUUCCUUCCUCUGAACAGGACCCUCUGGCCUCAGAAGAUAUUACCUCACCUUCUGGCCUAGUUCCAAAGGCCCUAAGAAGGGACGAGGCAGUGACCAGCCGCCCAGGUCGGGGCAGAGGUCGGUCCCAUCAACAAGCCAGAAGGAGUACUAGGUGGAGUACCAACAGGGGGCCCCUGGGAGGUCUCUCCUGGAUCCGGGAGGGGGCAGGCCGGGUACUAGAGGGUCAUGGCACUGACCAGCACAAAGAGCUCCCAGGUCAGGACUGUCCACACGCCAACCGGGCCUGUCCAGGCCACAGGGGCGGAGCCUGGUGUGUGAAGGAAGAACAGGUCAAGCAGUGGGCAGCGGAGACCCUGGUGGCCCUUGAGGGUCUACAUCAACAGGGUGUGCUAUGCCGGGACCUCAACCCCAGGAACUUGCUGCUGGAUACCACUGGUCACAUCCGUCUCACCUACUUUGGCCAGUGGACUGAAGUGGAGCCCCGGUACUGCAGUGAAGCUCUGGAAAACCUGUACAGUGCCCCAGAGGUGGGCGGGAUUUCUGAGCUGACGGAAGCCUGUGAUUGGUGGAGCUUUGGGUCUCUGCUGUAUGAACUUCUAACUGGAAUGUCGCUGUCCCAGAACCACCCCUCUGGAAUCCACGUGCACACUAGGCUCCAUCUGCCUGAGUGGCUCAGUCGACCAGCUACAUCCCUGCUCACUGAGCUGUUACAGUUUGAUCCCGGCCGGCGCCUGGGUGCUGGAGGAGGAGGUGUCAACAAGCUCAAAUCUCACCCAUUUUUUAGCAACAUCCAGUGGAACAAGCUGGUGGGAUGAGGUCAAUAGCGGGGAGGCAGAGAGCCUCCUGGAAGACCCAGGUUGGCUUUCUGGGCUAGCAGAGUCCACAGGAGAACUCCAGUCCAAUGGGUCCAAGGCCUCAGCCUGAAACCCUGGGAUUCCUCAUGCCACCAAGUAGUCAAGCAUUUGGUGGAGGAGCUGAAUCCUGCAUCCUGCAUCCUGGAGGAGCACAGGCUUAGGUCUCUCUCUUAGGCCUUCGACUCCCCCCUCCCGUGAGUUUGUUUCACUUAAGGCCAUGGCUACUCAUUUCCCAUUUCUCAUUCCUACCCUGAAAUGAACCCAGGCAUGAUAAGACAGACCCACAGGGAACCUUGAAAUUGGAAAAUAUUGAAACUAAUGUAACCUAACCUCUGCCACUUAGUGGGUGUGACAUUGGGCAACUCACCACACUUCUCGAGCCUCAGUUUCCUCAUCUGUAAAACAAUAAUUACCUUGCCUACCUCAUAGAGUUAUCAUGAGGCUCAAAGGAGAUUUGUGGGAAGGUGUUUUGUAACUGUACAUCAUUAUAUAAAUAUAAGCAAUUACGAUAA